CUCACCAACCGCGACCGCCACAGCCCUUCACUGCACAGAGCGCGCGGCCCGACUCCGGGGCAGUAAUGUUCACCACCACCGGCUCCACCGGUCUCUAUAAAGCCCCUCUUUCUAAGAGCCUUUUGAUCGUCCUGAGUACUUUGGCCUUUAUUUUAGCCGUGCCGUUUCAACAUUAUCAGAUAUACUUCAUAUAUAAUCUACAAGCAAUAAAACAAGAUCUUGAGAUAUGGAGACUGAUAUCUGCGAGGAUUAUUUGCCUGGAUCUGAAAGAUGUAUUCUGCAGUUGCCUUCUUAUUUACAAUUUUAGAAUUUUUGAAAGACGAUAUGGCAGUCAGAAAUUUGCAUCUUUCCUACUAGGUUCUUGGGUGCUGUCCGCAUUCUUUGAUUUCCUACUUGUGGAAGCCCUGAAACUUGCAUUUGACAUGUCUGUGAACAUCUUGCCAUCUGGAUUUCUGGGUCCUGUAUUUGCUCUGUUUGUGCCUUUCUACUUCUCCAUUCCAAGAGUUCAAGUGACCCAUAUCUUGGGCAGAUUUUCCAUCACAAACAAAACACUUGUCUACAUAUUGGGUCUUCAGCUUUUAACAUCAAGUACUUCUAUCUGGAUUGUGGCUUUAAGUGGAUUGAUGUCCGGAAUUGUUUACCACAAUAAUGUGCUUGAAGUACAGAAAUUGCUUAGUGUACCAAAAUGGGCAGCUAGAACCACCUCAUUGACCCUUGAACCAGUCUUCGCAUCUGCUGAACCUACCAUUGAGGCUCCAGUAGGAAUGGGCGCAACACUAGAUAUUCAACGGCAACAGAGGAUGGAACAGCUGGAUCAGCAAAUGAUGCUUGCUCAACUUAAUCAGACCAACAGGAGGAAUCGGCGGCAGGGUGGUCUGAUUAACUGGAAUAGGCUCUUCCCUCCUCUACGCAACAGAUUCAAUACUAACAACCAAAGGCAAGAAACUGUGGCUAAUGAGGCUUCAGGAAAUGUAGCGGUUUCUGAGGAACAAGUGACCAGGUUGAUGGAGAUGGGGUUUUCUAGAGUUGACGCUUUAGAAGCUCUCAGAGCCACCAACAAUGACCUUAAUAUGGCUACCAACUUCCUGCUUCAGCAUUGACAAGAGCUGCCGUUAGGAAUGUGUCCACACAUGCUGAGACUUCUCAUUCAGCAAUUGUAUGCUGAGACAAUUCUUGAUGCCUCCAGAGGUUGGAAAAUUUGGGAAAAGCAAUACUUGAUUCAGAUGUCAAAGGACUGUUUACAUUUUGCUGCAUCCUAUAUCAAACUGAUGCUUGAAACAAUUACCACAAUGUGAUCUCCAGUGAGUUGUUUUUCUGUGUAGAACAUGUUGGUAGAGUCCUAAUAUUGAUAAAGAAUGAGUUCUCAAAGGUGAGGUGCAAGUGAUUUUCAGAAACAGAUUUCAAUAUUGAUAAAUUCAAAAUUGCACAAUAAGUGAGAAGCCAUUUCUUUUUGUGGUUCCUGUUAGUAGAGGAUGUUGCUUGUCUAUUAGUUUCAUAAUGAAAGUAGGUUCUGAUGGAUUAUAAUAAUAAUCCUUACAUUUGGUAUAAUGCCUUUCAU